CGGAAGUGGUUCGGUGCACCUUCGAAUUAGGUCCGACUGACAACACACGGUGACGACGCAAUACAGAGCGCGCGGCGGCGGCAAGGGGAGCAGACGGCGCCGAGUCGAGCGGAGCUGCGGAUGCUGUCUGAGCGGCAGCUCCGAGCGGACUGACAGCACAGGAAGGAGCCGCUGAGCCAUGGAUUCACCAGAAAGGUGUGCCUGUAAUGCUUUGGGCUGAGGACGAGAGCCGUUCAGGAGGAGAUGGGCUGCACCUCUGCCAAGCAGGUGUCUUCCGUUCCCAGCGAUGAGGAGGGCCAGAGCAAAUCCCACAGCAACGGGGACCUCGUCUCUGAUGAUCACAAGAUGAGAGGCGUGGAGAAGGACAAGCUCAUCAGUGGAGAGGAGGCGGGAGACGGCGGCCAUGACGGCUCAGAGAAGAGCGCUCUGCUCGGAGUCGGACAACACGCCAACGAAUCGGGAUCCAACGGGAAGAUUCUGAGCAUCCACUCCUCGGAGAGCCAGCAGGAGUUCUUCCGGAUGCUGGACGAGAAGAUCGAGAAGGGUCGGGACUACUGCUCAGAGGAAGAGGACGCGACAUAGCCUCACCGUCCUGGAUCCGACCGGACGGAAGACGGGCCGGACUCUGGGGCUCACUGGGCUUCAUCUUGUUUUAAUAAACUCUGUGUGAGCACGGCGGAGAGGGAUCGGUUUGGAGCCGGGACGUUUUCUCCCUCCCCCACCCGCAGCCUGAGCUCGGUCAGCUGCGCACACGAUUCCAGGCGAGAUCUGGAAGAGACGACCUCCAUCCGGAACGAAGCCAUCAGAGUCCGAAACAUGAACUGAAACGUAUCAGACUCCCAUCAGUGUUCAUCCACUCAUGUGGACCUGUGCUAAAAAAUUGCGCCAUUUUCUCCUGUGACAAGUCUCCUCCCCCCCGCAGAGACGCAGUAUGACCCUGUUCUCUCCACAGCGCCCCCGUCUGUCCAGAGGUAUCUACGUCAAACAAGGCUCAGGGUUAAAGUGUUGAAGUGUAGCCGUCCCGGUCCUUCCUCUCACCGAGACACUUUCGCACCACGAAACGUACACAACACAUGCACUGGCGCACCAGAGUUAGUCACUUUUCCUGCUUCAGUUUCUGUUCUGUGUGACAGCGAGGCGGACGCCGCCGCAGCACGCCAGCGUUCGCUCCUGUACGUCAGUCAGCAGUGUUAAAUCUGUCUCAUUGUUACGUUUGUUUGUUUCGAUUUUUUUUAGUAAAAUUAAAAGUGUUUAUAGGAA